CCACAGUGCCCUGUAUCUGUCGGAAGCCUGGCUGGGGCAGCUGUGCCCGUUUUUUGCUGUCCUGAUGCCACCCUUUAGCAGGGUGCUGGGGAUGCUGUGGCUUUGGACACUGCUUCCUACGGCUGCACAAGUGUCCCCAAAAAGGAGAACCUGUGUGUUCUUCGAGGCUCCUGGCGUGCGGGGGAGCACAAAGACCCUGGGGGAAGUGCUGGGCGCGGGACCAGGGCCCCCCAAGGGCAUUCGCUGCCUCUACAGCCAUUGCUGCUUUGGAAUCUGGAAUCUGACCCACGGCCGGGCACAAGUGGAGAUGCAAGGAUGCCGGGACAGUGACGAGCCAGGCUGCGAAUCCCGCCACUGUGACCCCACGCCUCGGGCCCACCCCAGCCCCAGCUCCACUCUCUUCACGUGCUCCUGUGGGACCGACUUCUGCAAUGCCAACUACAGCCAUCUGCCUCCUUCAGGGACCCAAGGGACUCCUGGCCCCCAGGACCCCCAGGUCACCCCAGGUCCAGGUGGGCCCAUCUGGAUGGCUCUGCUGUUGCUGGGAAUGUUCCUCACGCUGCUGCUCAGCAGCAUCAUCCUGGCCCUGCUACAGAGGAAGGCCUGCGGAGCGCACGGCGAGGCAGACCCAGAGCCGGGCUCUGGCUCAGGGGGAGACUGCAGCGAGGAGCUGCCUGAGCUGGCUGAGCUCUGCUUCUCCCAGGUAAUCCAGGAAGGAGGUCAUGCAGUCGUCUGGGCCGGGAGGCUGCAGGGUGAGAUGGUAGCCAUCAAGGCCUUUCCCCCAAGGGCUGUGGCCCAGUUCCGAGCUGAGAGAGCUGUGUAUCAGCUGCCCGGCCUACGGCACGACCACAUCGCGCGGUUUAUCACUGCUGGCCAGGGGGCGCCUGGGCCCCUGCCCUCUGGCCCUUUGCUGGUACUGGAACUGUACCCUAAGGGCUCCCUGUGCCGCUACCUGACGCAGUACACCAGUGACUGGGGAAGUUCCCUGAGGAUGGCUCUGUCCCUGGCCGAGGGCCUGGCGUUUCUCCACCAGGAGCGCUGGCAGGACGGCCGGUACAAACCGGGCAUUGCUCACCGAGACCUGAGCAGCCAGAAUGUGUUCGUCCGAGAGGACCGGUCCUGCGCCAUUGGAGACCUGGGCCUGGCCCUGGUGCUGCCUGGCCUUGCUCAGCCCCCUGCCUCGGCCCCUGCUCAGCCCCGAGGCCCAGCUGCCAUCUUGGAAGCCGGCACCCAGAGGUACAUGGCUCCCGAGCUCCUGGACAAGACUCUGGACCUCCAGGACUGGGGCACGGCCCUCCAGAGGGCCGACGUCUACUCCCUGGCUCUGCUCCUGUGGGAGAUCCUGAGCCGCUGCUCAGACUUGAGCCCGGACCGCAGGCCCCCGCCUUUUCAGCUGGCCUAUGAGGCGGAGCUGGGCAGCAACCCCAGCGCCUGCGAGCUCUGGGCCUUGGCGGUGGAGGAGAGGAAGCGCCCCAGCAUCCCGGCCGCGUGGAGCUGCUCUGCCACGGACCCCGGGGGGCUGAGGGAACUCCUGGAAGACUGCUGGGAUGCGGAUCCCGAAGCGCGGCUCACGGCGGACUGUGUGCAGCAGCGCCUGGCAGCCCUGGCUUUCCCUCCUCAGGGCUGCCCGCCUCCCUGCCCGUCAGCGCCUGCCUCUGCCACUCUCCCCUGCAGGCCUCAGCAGGGCGCUUGCCUCCCCGGCUCUCGUCCUCAGCCUGUCAGCACCAGCGUUCACGUGUAAACGAGUUUGUGCGCGCGCACCCCUGUGAUCGUACACCUAUUGCUGUCUUUGUCCGUGGUCCCUAACCCGUGGGUGGACGCGCUCAGGAAAGAAGAGAAUAAAGCCAGGGUUCCCUGGUGUCCUUGGGCCCGUCGCCCUGCUCUGCUUUUCCACCAAUGCGUGCUGAUUGCUUUAAGGUCUGUUUGUUUAUAGUA